AUGUGCCAGCUAUGGACUCAGGCGAUUCCAGCCGUGGCUUCGCUUGCGGUUGCGGGGCUUGUGUUGACGGGCCUGUGCAUCAGGGCCCGGAGCCGUCAUGGCAUUCAGAUCGCCGUCGAUGUAAUAGUACUUGCCCAAUGCAACAUGCUGGCCAGCAACACUGCGGCAAUCGUAGAUGCAUAUGACGUCUCACGUACCGUGGACAGGUCAGCGGCCUUCUCAGGUCUUCUAAUCGGUAUUUUCAUGGCUGCGAACCUGACGGGGGCCGCCUUCUCGACUGUUCUCCAGUGUUUCUGCCCUCAUCUCUGGAGCAGCCACGCCAGACGCGCAAUGUUCUGGCCCUUGCUUCUUUGCUCUUGCGGCCCUCUGCUCUACUGCCUCCCGACGGGUCUAAUUUAUGUUGGCCGUGGCCAAGAAUGGCAGGAGGGCCUGGCUGCACUGCUUCUCUUGAGUCGGAUCCUUUCUGGCCUGGGGGCCGGGGCUGCGUCGCAGGUCGGCCUGGUGUGUAUCGCCAAGGGUAGCCAUGCCACAGAGAAGUCCAAGCACAUGGUCCGGUUUCUGUUUGCCAACAUGCUCGGCUGUGGACUCGGACCCCUGCUGGCAGCAUUCUACCACACAGUUUGUCCCUGCCGUGGGGAGUUCGGCCCCCAGUUCUGGCAACUCGGUGUGAUGAAGGUGAUCUUCACCUUGGGAUCCGCGCUGGCGGUCGCCCUCUGCUUCCCCGAGAGGCUGCAGCCGCCUGAGCCGCCUGAGCCGCCAGGGCCGGCAGCGCAAGAAGCGCAAGAAGCGCAAGGCCCCGGAGCCGCAAGCGGAAACGGUUCCGACUUGGAGUCCUCGUCCUCGGAGUCUCCCACAUCGCAGCACCAAGCCGAGCUUGCUCGGCUGGCGAGACAAAGGAAGGUGGUGGUCGGAUGUUUGGCCAUGACAGGUCUCCGUGGCUACUUAAUAACCGCGCUGGAAGGAGCGACGGCUCUUUUUCUCCAGCAGAACUACGGAUGGGAGCUUCACACCAUUGGCUUCUUCGUUGCGCUGACUUUCCUCAUGUGCAUCCCCGGCAAGUUGAUCCAAGGCCGCCUAUCCAAGUGCUUGUCCGAGAAGGCCAUGAUCCGGCUCUUUUCGAUGGUUGCCAUUCUUGGUGCCGUGUUGAUUUGCCUCCAAGACGGCUGGAUGCUUCUGGUGGCCGACUCCUUGCUCUUUCCAUGUAUCUACCUUUCGGAUGCCAUUGGCCGAGGAGUCAUGACGCGACACCUCUUGCCUCAAGGUUCUUGGCUCGACUCCAAUCGCGCGUCCUUCUGGACGCUGCUGUUGGGUGGUGUGGGGCAGACCGCAGGGCCCUGGCUGACACGAUGGUUCUUGCAGACAUCCACACAGACUGCCUAUGCAGCACAGCAAGCGGCUGGAUCUGCAGUGUUCCUGAUCCUGUUCGAGCUGAUCGUCAGACCCAACAUUCUGGAUGCUGUGGCGCAGCCUCAGGUCAAGAUGUGUAAGGAGGGUUCCGGACUUGGGAACGGUGUCGAGACGCUUCAUCAAGAAGCGGACAACAUCAGGAGGUGGCUAGACUCUCGACCAUCGCCAGGUCCGGAGACGAAGCGCUUCGGUACGAGCUCGCGAGAGGACUUGGCAGGCACGCUCGCGAGCCUGGAGAGCCAGAUCUCGCAGCUGAGGCAGCAGCUGGCAAGCGAGGUGCAGGGCCCUGGCCCUGGCCCUCUCCCUCUUCUCAGUGAGCCGAGCUCGGUCAGUAAGGCCCUCUUUGCUCCCACACGGCUGCCCACGACAGCCGAAACGCGUGCACAGCAGGACAUCUUGCAGCUGCUGCAAGCCACGGCCAUGCACUUUCAGGAUCGCAGCUACGAGGCCGACGAGGUGGUCAUCGAGGCGUCUCUGGCCAAGCUCUCACAAAGGCUUCGGGACCUGCGAGCUCGCUACCAGGACAUGCGCAGUCGCUGCGAAGCCCUGGGUCAUCAUCUGCAGGAGGCGAGGGCACAAGAGGCACAGCAGCUCCUGGUCGAGCAAGGUGAGGCCGAGCUCGCACAGUUGCGAGAGGAGGUCCACGAGGCGCAGCGCCGCCGUUCCGAGGCGGAGCGCGAGGAGCGUCGUUUCCAAAAGCUCUGGACUCUGGACACCAUCAUUUGCUUUUCGGUGCCCACAAAGGAGCGAAGGCUGGCCGCAGCCGCGAGGCCUGUGGUGAAGCCUUUUCACGAAGUGCAUCAGGAGUUCCUUGCUGCCGAUUCUUGCAUCGGGCACGACACAGUCCUUCCUGUGAUGAUAGUGAUUCGUCACCUUUUGGAUCAAGGCCUCAGGGUGACGCAGAGCAGCUUUUCCCAAUACUGCCUCGCACCGGAGCCGGAAGGCAUGGCCUUCUCAGGCUCCCCGUUUCAUCAUCACUUGAAGGGCCUCACGACCGAGUAUGAGAGACUCGUGGCCGAGAACGCCGAGUUGCGAAAAGAGCUACACAAGGACCCUUUGCGAGCACUCGCCAAAGACGGCGAAGCCGUCAAGCCAGUGAAUUUGGCCGUGGUCGCGCCUCUGAAGCCUGCUUGCUUGGAGUUGCCGGGGUCUGUGCCGACCGACACAGAUUCGGCACCGCCAGGCCCGGGUGAUCCUCCACCGUCGCUGGACGAGAGAAGGAAGUCCCAGUCCCUCACCACCCCAAUAACCCCAAGAAGUUCCAAAUCCUCCCUUCAUACUCCACGUGGCGGGAAGGCCCGUCUACACGAAGCGAGUCCGGAAGACAAUUCAACUUUCCUGCUGCUGUUGGACAUCGUUCCCGCUUGUGUCAUCUUGGUAAAUGCUGCAGUAGCAGGCAUUAGCGCGGACAUGGAUCCAGACAAUCCAAUGUGGCAGGUGCUCGAAAUUUGCUUCACCAUCUUCUUCAUUGCGGAGAUCAUAGUGAAACUCAAGAUAUUUAGCCCUCGAGAGUAUCUCUUCGGCCCGGACUGGUAUUGGUCCUGGUUUGACAUUCUUUGUGUGGUCCUUGCCCUGGUGGACCUGACCUUGACAAUCUCCGCCGAGACGGACGUCCAAUUCACGACGACAACUGCUGUGCCUGCAAAUGCAACGCCAUGCGCGCCCGAUGCACUGAUGACGACCACUGGCGAGGGGAACGGUGACGCCAGUGUGGCAUCAAGCCUGAAAAUGUUGAAGCUGGCCCGCCUUGGCCGCAUCAUCCGAUUACUGAAAUUCAAGAUCUUCACAGAGCUCAAGCUGAUGAUCCAAGGGGUUUUCACCGGACUGCGCGUGUUGUUCUGGGCGGUUGUGUUGCUGCUCCUCUGCAUGUACCUGCUGGGGGUGGUGACCAAGACCCUUUUCUCGAAAUAUGAGGAGUUUGAGUAUGUCCCAGAUGCCAUGUUCACGAACUUCCGAUGCUUCACGGAUGGUUGUGCAGCUCUGGAUGGCACUCCACUGCAAGAGCGUCUGCGACGAGAAGAAGGCUACGGUAUCUUCAUGUUUGCCUACAUUCUUCUGUAUCUCUUCGUGACGAUUGGCAUCUUCAACCUGAUCAUGGCAGUCUUCAUCGACAACGUUGCAGACGGCAGUACGAAAAAGAGGCAGCGCGAGCUGGGUGAGAACGCCCCGAGAACCGAAUGGGUCUUGGCAACAUCUCUCAGGCACCUGAUCCUCACGAAUAUCUUCCACAAAGAGACAAAAGAUAUGAGUCACAUCAGCGAGGAGGAGCGAAAGAGAAUCCUCAACGAAAAGUUGGAGAAGAUUAGAGAGAUGUAUGGCUACAUGCCGCAUACGGCUCAGGAGUACGAGGCUUUGGCCGACGACAUCCGUACGGACAUGACUGAUCGCAAGGUGGUAGUUACCCAGGAUCAGUUCAACAGGUGGCUCUGCACGGAAAAGGAUUUGAUCAGCAAGCUUGAAGAUGCUGAGAUCGAUCUCUCAUGCAAGUCAGAUCUCUUCGAAGUUCUUGACGCUGACCUCAGCGGGGAGCUCGAGUUCGACGAGAUGAUCGAUGGGCUGUUGAAGUGCCGCGGUCCCGUGUCGAAGACGGAUAUCAUCUCUAUCAGGCUGAAGACGGCCUUGCUUGUGAAGAUGAUGUCCCAGGUUUGUGAGAAGCUGGGAAUUGAUAGCGACGAUUAA